CACGGUGCGCAACUGCGUCUGAGGGACUGAACCAGAGGACUACUUGGCUUCAACAGUCAGUCUGACGUGCGGACUUCUUCAAGUCAAGAGUGAGAGAUCAUCUGCGACUUUAUCUCUUUUAAAUCCAACGCGAAAAGUUUCAAAAGGUUCAUCAUGGGAAACAAGUUAGGCAGAAAGCAAGAUGGCUCAGUCGACUGCGAUGAAACUGCUGCCUCUGAACAGCAGACUGCAGAGGUGGCAGAAGAAGACUCUGGGAUAACACAGACUCCAGAGGCCGUUGAAAUAGAGAAUCUAGAUGUGGUGGUGGGGGAGCAAGUGACACAAGUGGCGUGUUUACCCACUGAAGAAUGUGUGGCUGAGUGUAAAGAGGUGGAGGCUCCUGCUGCCCCACUAAAUGAUGCUGAACCAGAGCCUGUGGCAAAGGAAGCCCCAGCUCCAGUCCAACCUGAGCCUCUGCUCUCAGUUAGUGAACCAUCUCCCCCAAAACUUCCUGCUGAAGCUGUGCUUGCUCCAGACUCAGCUCCAGAGCCUGUUCCCGAACCAGAUCCUACCUCAAAUCCAGCAGAAGCAGAACUUGAGGCAGUCCCUGAGCCCAUCUCAGAGUCAGUACCUGCCCUAGCUGAGGCCCUGGAGCAGAAGACAGACCUGAUUACUCAAGAGCCUCUCCCUGAGCCGGUGCUUUCUUCACCACCUUUGAUCGACCUGGGUGUCCCUGAUGUAACUCCCCAACCUAUUAACACCCCUCCCUCCCCAGUUCCCAUCCCUGCCUCAGUUAAUGCUGAUGAGCCCUCAGACAUCCCGGUGACUCAGGAAUGCCAAGACAGCGCUGAGAUGUCUGCGGUUUCCACGUUUGAGCUGGAAAAGUCUGAGAAAACAUCAGAAUCUCCGGAAAAGAUGAUGGAGGUGAAGGAGGCAGGGAACUUGGAGCAGCUUGUGAGUGAUGUCAACGAAGAAAGUCUAAGCGGACUCCUAAAGAACUUGGAGCUGAAAGGAAAUGACCUUGUCGCCGACCUCAUUCCCACUGAUGUCAAGAUCCCUGAUGACACUCCCAUCACAGACAUGAGCACUUCCACUGAGCUGAUGUGAAUCCCGGAUGUGAAGAGGAUUUAUGAAAGAAGUGAAUGGAUAUUUUUCAGUGAAACCCUCUUAACCCUUUACAUGAAUGUGUUUUUUGUUUUGUUUUUUACAUCUAAAGUGGCCUAAUAAAGGCAAAUGGCUAUCUCUCUUUAAUAUGGAACCAAAUGAACUCUGGAACAAACUGCUGUCUUGUCAGUUUUCACAAAAAAUUUAAUCUUGAUACAAGUAUGUUUUUGAUGCAUUAUACAGCCAGUAGGUGUGUGGGUGAGGGGUAAUGGGGCUCAAACAGCACAGGGGACAUGAGUGUACCCGUGUGUAUUGUUGGACAGCAGAUCUUUCUCUAUGCAAAUUCACCAAACACAAAUUUAAAUGUGUUUCUUGUAGGGACCAUUCAUUGCUAUAUAAAAACCCUACACAAUGGAAGUGUGAAGGCACAGAAGUAAAACUUUUUGGAAGAUAUGUGAGUGCACAGCACUUAGAAGUUAAUGCAAAACGACAGGCAAGGGACAGUAGCAAUGCAACCAAAGGUGGAGACAGUAUAUGCAUACCGCUAUAUAGCAGGAUACAAGUGUCCGAUUAACAUUUAUGCUAUAAAAUAGUCGUAAUUGGACCUUUUGUAAUAUUCCUUCAACAGAUGUGAUCAUCAUCUUAUUGUAUUUGCAAUACAAUAACGGGAUUUCUUAACCAAAGUAGUGGCUUGCUUGUGAAAAUAAAGAUAUUAUUCCUCA